AUGUCGCCAAAACGCAAGCCCAAGACGCAAGCCCUCCCGACCCCAGCCCCAGAAAACAUCUCAAACAGAGAAUACUACCGCGCAUCCGAAACCACAGAUACGUCCCCCCACGCAGACGAGCUGAUGGAGUUCCCCCCCGGACCACCGGCGGAAGAGCAGCAAGACGGUAGCGGGGAGCGCAGCGAGGUGCAGAGCCGAGAGCAAGAUGACGGCGGGUUUGUGGAGCUGUCGAGGCCCGGGAGGCCGAGUCCUAGUCCGUCGGAUAUCGUGGCCCGUUGUGAGCUGGAGGAUGCGCGGGCGAUGGGGGAUUUGGAGCGGAGUACGCGCGGGCUGGAGAGGCGGGAGAGGAAGAGGUUGCUGAUUGCGUUGCAGGAGCGGCGGAGGCGGGAUAGGGAGGUGCAGGCGGAGGAGGGGGAGAGGCGGGGAGGGGAGGAGCGGAAUGCUGAGUAUGAUGAGAUGCAGAGGAAGGGGAGAGAGGAAGUGUGA